AUGUCGACUUGGGAGAUCCACAGCAGCGCAAGCAGCGAAGACGACGCUGCCGCGGCGCCCCUGACGUUCACGCGCUCCCGACCUAGGCGGAGGGCCAAAGCGCUCGCAGACGCCGAGUCGCCGCCCCAAGAAGACGCCAUGCUCGCUCGCCGGCUCAGCGGCGCGUUUUGCGCGCAUCGCGCCGCGACGCCCCCGACCCUCGGCGCUGCUGCACCGUGGGGCACCCCGGCGCUGCCGCGCGCCCCGCUGCAGGUGGUGCAGGUGCAGAAUGGCAACUGUGUCAGCCCACAAGUCACGAUCUUCAAGCAGCAGCAUCAACAGCAGCAGCAGCAGCAGCGGCAGCAGCAGCAGCAGCAGCAACCGGCACCUGCACUCUUCAAGCCUUGGGCCUCAUCGGCUGGCCUGGCCCCUGCAAGCCCCGACUGGUCGCCCCGCCCUGCGAGCAGCGGUGGAGGCGGCGGCACAGGCAGCGCAGGACGCAGCAGCAGCACCAGCAGCGAGGUCAGCGCCAGGCUCAAGAGCAGGGGGUCAAGCAAAUCUGGGCGGGCGACCCCGGACGUUUGGUACAGCCCAUCCCCUGCCGCGUCGCCCGUCGCGUCACCUGCGGCGCCACCUGCCGCGUCGCGCGUCGUGUCACCCGCGGCGUCACCUGCCGCGUCGCCCUCCGCGCCACGUGCCAUGUUACCUGCCACGUCACCCGCCACGUCACCCGCCCGGCGGUCGCCCGGCGGGAGCGACCGCAGCAAUGACAGCGGCCGCAGAAUGGGGUGGUCGCGAGCAGCAGCGGAUGUCCAGCAUACUGAAGAGGAGCAGCAGCAGCAGCAGAACCAGCAGCACCGGCUGCCGUGGCAGUCUGGUUCUCCUGCGCAGGUGCAGGAGGCGCCAUCACCGCACUCAGCCCUCGACGCCGAUGCAACCCCAACAUCGAUGCCCGACAGCGCCCGGCGCAGGACGGUGCCGGCAGUAGCCGAGGGCGUCGACCGGCCUCAUCUGCCGCUUGUGGCGCCCGCGUCGCCGGCCGCCGCGAGCAGCGCGCCGGGGCCGCCCGCCACCCCCGCCAUGGGCUUGGUCCUAGCGACGCCGGGCCCGACGCCGCGCGCGACGAUCCUCGACCCCUACACCCCGUGGCUCCGCACCACCACCAAGCCGCCGCGCCGCGGCGGCUACCGCUCGGGCCUGUUUGGCGACCCGGGCAGCGGCGGCGAGGACGAUUGCUGCAGCGCCAGUGGGUCGAGCGUCGGCAGCAUGGGCCUGCUCAGCAGCCCCAGCCCUAGCCCUGAGCAGGGGGAGGGGCAGCGCACCCGCGGCGGCGGCGCGUGGCGCUUGGGCGCGGGCGGCGACGGGUGCGGUCGCGAGCGCUCGAGCGAGAGCCUGACUCGGCAGCCCCUGCAGCCGCCAUUGCCGCCGCAGCAGCAGCAGCCGGCGAGCUGCACAUCGCCUCCGCCUCGGGCGAUGAAUGGAGGGGAUUCCCCGGACAGCUGGCGCCCGACCACCGCCACGCGCCAGCGCGCAGGCCGCGCCAGGGUCUUGCUGAGCGACAGCGAGUCUCAGGGUGCCGCCAGCGGGCCCCCCUCGCCCGCCGCGCCGUCCGUGUGGCUGGGCGGCGGCGCGCAUCGCCAAGAGCCCCGCGCGGCGUCCCCGCAGCUGCAGGCGGCGGCGGCCAGCGAAAGCGGUUGGACCCCGGGCAUCUCUGGCAGCAGCAGCGCCGAGCCGCAGCGCAGCGGGCGCGCGGCCAGCACGACCGCGCGCAGCCCCGACAGCUUCGGCCCGGGCGGCUGGGGCAGCCGUCGCCGCAGCGGCGGCGGCGGCGGUAGCGGCAGUGAGCAUGGCGGGGACAGCGGCAGCAGCGGCGGGGGCUG